UUUCGGGACACGGUCAUAGAAAGUAUCUUUCCGAACUCGAUUUAAACGAAUGUUAAACUUUAAACUACAUACGUGUACACCUAGCGUGUACCUAUUUCUAUUAUUUAAUUUAAAUUGCAUCCUUCAAGAAUAAUUGAUCUCGCUGUGAUAAUACAAAACGUGCAAUUUAAGGGAUGCAUAAUAAAGCAAACUAAUUUCAUGUUCGAUAAUUAUAUAAAAAAUUUAAGGACAUUUCAUAAAUUGAAUAUUAAUGCUAAAGUUUUUUGUGGUAGAGGAAACAAGGACAUUUAAAAGUUUAAAUGUACAUUUUAAACAUAAAAAAUAAUCUCACAAAUACUGUGAUAAUGUGAGAUUCAAUUGUAUGAGAAAUUUUUUGAAAGUUAGAUUAUUUAUACUAUAGGAAAUUAGUAGUUUUUCUUAAAUAAAAUUAAGAGACAAUGUCUGCACAUACAACUAUAUUCAAAAUUUGGAGAAGCAUUCCUGUGACUACAUUUCUGUGGAAGUCAAGGAUUUUUCAAAUCCAGAGAACAAUUUAUACUUCAACGCAAAAUAAAUUUUAUUUUAAUAAUGUUAACCAAGCUGAAAACAAAGUGGCAGUAAAUCAGAAAACAGACUGGAAUAAAACUAUGUCGGAGGCAGAAAAAAUUGUUGGAUAUCCAACGUCUUUCUUAAGUUUAAGAUGGCUAUUGAGCGAUGAAAUUGCAAAUGUUGCAUUGCAUUUAAGGAAGUUGGUUGGAUCUAAUCAUCCCUUGUUGAAAACAGCUAAAGGUAUUAUCUAUAAUGGACGUAACACACAAGCAUUUGGUCUCAUCGUGUUGCUAAUCUCUAAAGCUGCCGGCCAUUUGAAUGCAAAACCAGUAGAAGAAGAUAAAGCUGCAGGUGUAUUACAUAGCCAAAGGGCAUUAGCAGAAGUUACAGAGAUGAUACGCAUUAGCAAUUUGAUACAUAGAGGACUGGUAAAUAUAAAUACAGAUGGUACUUUAUCUGUGGAAUCCUCAGAAUUGAACAAUAUGAUCUUUGGCAAUAAAAUAGCAUUGUUAUGUGGUGAUUACUUACUUAGUAAUAGUUGUGCUGAAUUAGCAUCUCUUAGAAAUCAGGAUCUUGUAUUCUUAAUAUCAUCUGCAGUAAGAGAUUUAUGUCAAGCAGAAUUUGUAGCAUGUAGAGACAACCAAAAUUUUCCCAUACCAUCAAUACCACCCGAAGAUCGUACGGAUUAUGCGCUUAAAGAAUGGACACUUUUAAAUGUUUAUGGCGCUGGAUCAUUGCUCGGAAAAAGCUGUCAAGGCACAUUGAAGUUAGCUGGACAUAGCAAAGAAAUACAAGUGGAAGGUUACAAGUUUGGCGAGCAUCUAGCUUUAGCUUGGCAGGCCUCCUUGGACUUAGGUUUAUGCAUCAAUAAAGACAAAGAAAUCUUGCAUAAUUUAUGCGCAGCUCCAAUUAUGUUUCAUGUCGAACAUGAUCCAUCAAUUUUAACUGAGCUUUACAAGGGAAUAGAAUCAAUUGAAAAUGUCGACUAUUUAAAGGUACUUGAGAUUGUUGCAGAUGGUCCAGGUAUUGGAUUAACCAAAGAACUCAUAAAGGAACAUUCGCAAAAAGCUAUGGAAGUCUUAAAUGUAUUUAAAGAAAGUGAUGCAAGAAAGGCUUUAUCUAAUAUUAUUGUUGCAAUAGGUGAUCUUUAAUUAAAAAUAAUAUUAAUAUAACAUAAUUUAUUGUUUGUUUUAUAUAUUCUAAACAAAAUUAUAUAAAGAAGAAAUUUAAGCUAGAGUUUAUAAAGAGAAUCUUUAUGAAACAAGUUUAUUAAAUUCUAUUACAUAUAUUUUAUUGAAAUAGUUAUAUUAAUAUAUAAAUAUAGAAUAUUAUAGAUAUAUUUUUAUAUGCAAAUUAAAUAUCUUGAUAAGAA